UACUUCUUCCUGCAGAGACGAACCGCUCUCUUUGACCCCCGGCCCCCAUCGAGGCGAGGGGGAGAGUCACCCCCCAGCUCCGAGUUUCCCACGUCCCCAGUGGCGCGUGCUGCAGGGCAGAGCCGGGCGCUGGGGAAGGGGCCCGCUCGCUCUUCCUCCUCUUCGCUGCGCGCUGGCCGGCUCCCCGCGCGGUGUGUUAUUUAUUGUUUCUAACGGGGGAGGAGGAGGAGGUGUCUCUGUCUGCGAGGCUGCGCACAGGGGCUGGUGUUUGGUGUCAAGGAAGAAACCCACCCAGGGGUGGGUUUGGCUGGGAGAACUGGCGAGAGGCUGCAGGAGUUGAGCUGUGUAGGUUAUUUCAGAGCUCAGAUUCCAGAGGAGGGGGGAGGUGGCUUUGCUUUUGGAUGGCUUGGAUCGAUUUUAUUUCUUUGUAUUUGACGCGCUCCUUCUGGAAGCAAAAGUUCUGCAUUUUUUUUUUUUUUGCCAUUGCUUUUAGGAUUUGGGAUGUAAAAUAACCCCCCUCUCCCCACCUGACACCUUUACACAAGUGGCUUAUUGAAGCGAAAGUUUAGCGAAGUGUUGUCUGUACAUCUUUAGAGACAGAGGCUGAGGUAUCUGCGUAGGAGGGAAACGUCUGGACGUGUUUUUAUAGGGCAAACAGAGUUUCUCUCUAGAGAUGUAGUGCGUUUAGGCCCUGAUUCUGCUAAGACCUAUGCACAUGCUUAACUUUAUGAACGAAAGGAGUUAUUGAUCCUAUAACAUGGAGGAUUGCCUUCAUACCUCUUCUGAAAACCUUUCCAAACUGGUCAGUUGGGCCCACAGCCAUGGGACCAUCUGCAGCCUCAUUCCAAAUCUAAAGCACUUGCUUUCUGAAGGUUCCCAUGGCAACCUGACAGCUAUGUGGGGCUGUAGCGCAGGCCAUGCGUAUCAUUGGCCACUGACUGCUACCUGCAGGGCUGGGUCCCAGGAAAGAGUAUGUUUCCAGGACAACAGAAGCUUCAACUCGGACAGUCCCAGCAUCAUAGGUGUGCCCUCGGAGACACAGACUAGCCCAGUAGAGAGGUACCCUGGGAGACCAGUGAAAGCAAAGUUGGAUUGUAACAGAACCAGGGACUCCUGUGAUUUCUCUUACUGCAGUGAGCCUUCAGAGCUAGAUGAAGCCGUGGAAGAAUACGAAGAUGAGGCUACCCUCUUUGACAUGGUUUGCGAGUCCUCAGUGACAGAUGAGGAUAGUGACUUUGAACCUCAUACCCAAAGAUCUCAAACCAUUUCCCGCAAAAGGCCUGGUGCGGGCCAAUCCUCAUCAUCUCUUUCAGGCUCCCAGUCUCAGGUCAUUGAUGAAAGCUGUAACAAUGUGAUCGUCAAAAAGAUUAAGCAAGAAAUCCCUGAAGAUUAUUAUAUUGUGGCUAAUGCAGAACUUACCGGGGGCAUUGAUGGACCUGCAUUAUCGCUGACGCAGAUGUCAAAGCCCAAGCCUCAGACUCAUGCUGGACCUUCCUGUGUUGGCCCCUCUAAGCCCACCCCCGCUGUAGCGCCUUCUCUCAGUGCUGAGUUAGACUUACAAAACGUGUCUGUUUCUCCCCCUGUCAUAUCGAGGCCUGCGGUUCAGAAGCCGGCAAGAGUAACUCUGGCUUCCCCAAACAGAGGACCAGCUAGCACCCCUACAGCCAACCAACAGGUCACGCUCCAGAUGCCAGUCAGUACUUCCAAUACCAGCAAACAGAUUAGCAUUCCUUUAUCAGCCCUGCAGCUCCCUGGACAAGAAGAGCAAGCUGCUUCAGAAGACCUUCUCCAACCCGUGCCAAAUCAGGGUCCAGCCGGCGAAGUAGCAUUAUCUCCUUCAAUUAGCGCAGAGCCGGAAGUCAGCUCUAGUCAGCAACAACCUAACACUGCGCCUAUCAUCACCGCUGAGGCAACAGUACAGUCAAUACCAGACCAGGAUGAGAGAUCAGCGGAACUCAGCAGAGAGCAGAAUGAGAAAACCAUUCGCAGCACUCAGACGGCUCUCCGUAACUUCAGAGAGUUUCUCAUCUCCAAAUAUCCCUCAGAAACCCGGGAAAUCUAUGUCAUCCCUUGCAAAGAGCUCGACGCCUACCUAGCCUCCUUCUUUGUGGAUGCCAGACAGAAGGAUGGCUCAGAAUAUGAGCCAAACAGCUUGGCCAACUAUCAGUGCGGGCUGGAGCGCUAUCUCAAAGAACACAGGUAUGGAUACAGUAUUACAAGGGAUAAAGAGUUCAAGAGAUCUCAAGAAGCUUUGAAGCAAAAGCAGAUAGAGCUGAGGUGUAAAGGCAAAGGAAACAAGCCACACAAAUCCAUGAAGCUGACCUUUGCUGAUGAGCUUAUCCUACGCAAAAGAGGCUUGUUGAGUCGAUAUAAUCCCGAGGGGCUGCUGAACCUUGUCUGGCUAAAUAAUACUAAGGCGUUUGGACACUGCACAGGUUUUCAUGGGUCCACCCUCAAAUGGGGGGAUAUCAGGCUCCGGGUGACAGAAACAGGCUUGGAAUAUUUGGAGUGGAUGGGGCAAGAGACUGGUGAUAUGAAUGCCAAAACCAAGAGAGGAGGGACUGAUUCCAGAGUCUAUGCCACCCAGCAUGCUCCACAGACCUGCCCAGUGCAAGACUACAAGGAGUAUGCUCAAAGACGGCCCCCUGCAAUGCGAUACGAAGAUGCUCCUUUCUACCUGUCCAUCAAGCCGGUUGUCAAUUUGGCUGCACUUCAUUGGUACAACUGUCAAGCCCUGGGGAAGAACAAGCUUGCAAAGAUGGUAAAGACGAUGUGCGAGAAGGGCAACAUCCCUGGCAGAAAGACCAACUUCAGCGUCUACCAGAGCUGCAGCACCCUGUCCGAAGCACAGAGUAACCAGCUGGUGCUAAUCUGUAACAAUUUAAGUCAACAAGCUGCCCAGUCUAUGGCAAGCCACUCCAGUUCUGGCAACUUCAUAGUGUCGGCUUCUUAUGACUCUUCCUCCGACACAGCUUGAAAGGUGGAUUUCAAUUGAACAGUUUUUUGUUAAGCGUUGAAUUUAUGCCCAAUAAUACACAUCAACUGUGAUUGUACACUACUUCCCCACACCUUCCCAGUGUUAAUUCACUUUAUAAAAAAUAUAAAUAUAUAAUAUAUUUUUCUUUUUACAAAUAAGUCGAUAGAAAUAGUUUAGUAUUACUAACAUAGUAUUUAUAGUGUUUAAUACAAAAAUGAAAGCUACUUAUGGGUUAUAAUAUAAUUGCAGAUUUUACAAGGGCAAAAUGGUUCUCAGGCAACACAAGAGAGACUGGAAAUAGUUUUUAACAUGCAUGCAAACAAUGAGUGUAAAUCCCCAUGGAGGCUUACAUCUUAAAUCUGUUUUAAAUCAUCUUUGUAAAGCUUCUUAUUUUGAUCUCCAAGGUAGAGGGAGACAAACUUAGACAAACUGGCUGCUGCUUCUUACCUGAAAGCUUGUUCUAGUUCAGCCAGACCAGGAAAUAAGAGGUGUAUCCGUGUAAGCUUGUGAAAUCAUUUAGAGCAGAUUUUGUUUUCUUAUUAUUGUGGUUCCUGAGGCUCAUUUAUGCCAGCUGGAAAAAUAUAUAAUAUUCCUAAACAAAGUCCACUGAAGACUAUUUUUUAACUAUUUUUUGUUGUUGAUUUUCUGUGAUCAAAAAUGUCGCUGGUCUUUAGACUAUGAAAUAUUGUUUUGAACAAUAUGCAAAGGUGUAAUGGCAAAAAGACUGUUAUACAAAUAAUCUUUACUGUUUCAAACUAAGCAUUGGUCAUUAGUAUUUUGUUUUAUGUUAUCCAUGGAAAUGCAACGUGAGCUUCUACUAAAUUAGAAUUUCAGCCACUCUUUCAAUUUUCCAGGGAAUGCAACAGUGCUGAAAAAUCAGAAAUCUCUUCCCAGGCCAUAAAAAUAGAAUACAGAUAAAUCAAAUGUGUCUUAAAUUGUCAUUCAACAUCCAUAGGAGGCAUAAUAGACAAUUUAAAUGAUUUUUAUAUUUAAUAUGUGAGGGGGUAAAUUAAAUUCUUAAAAUACUAGAAAACACAGUGAGCUAAAUUCAGCUAUUAACACACAGUUCCCACCGAAGACAAUAAGUGUGAAUAUGAAAGCAGAAUUUGGCUCUUAAAGACUAAAUAAUGACUGUUAUCUUUCCAGCUGAUUUACUUUGCAGUAUAAUUGUUCAUUAAGCACAGGGAGGACACUAACAAAUUAAACAUUUCAGUUGGAACCUUUACAUUAUAAUCCCUAACCUUUAAAAUUAAGUAUGAUCAUUUUGAUGGUAAUUGAACUGAGUUUAUGCUGCAUUACAUAUGAAAAUGCUUUGCUAAGGUACCCUAGCACUGCAAAGAUGAGACUUUAAACAAAACCACUAACAAGCUGAUCUGAUGGCCAUUGAAGUUAGUGGGAGUCCAUCCAUUGACUUCAACGGGUGCUCGAUCAGGUCAUAGGUGAGCAAGCUGCCUGUUUCUUCGUUUACAUUCUUUAGAUCUGCAACUCUGUAGUGAGUGACAUUUAAACCAGUGGAGAAUAAAGGGAGGGUGAGAAUAAGGGUAGCAAAAAGAAAUAGAAACUGACCAACCCAAUGAAUAUAUUUUAACGGGUGCGAGGGUAAAAUUUUCUCCUAUGCAGAGGAUUAGCACAAGGUUCUAUGCAUCACUUCAGCCUUAUUCUGAGGUCUUCAGUGGAAUGUUAGUAGCACGUCGACCUUGUGUUGACCCUCUGCACAAGCAUGAAUUUCACCCCAACGAAUCUCUCUCCCACCUGACCUUGUAACACAUAUCAACUCUAAAGCAACUUGUGUGUGGCACAAUCUGCUUUUGAACUCCCAGUGAUACCUACAUAUCAGUGCACCUUUGGCACUACAGGGCUUUGAUUUCUUGUGUGCUUGCUAAACCAGAGUUUUGGACAAGAGGGUAAAAUCACCAAGAGCUACUACUCUACCCAUCUUUCCGGCCCCUGAGUUACUAACAGAUACAGUACCCUUUCUUCCCCACUGUUGAGGACUUUGGGGUAGACAUUGGUUUGGCUGGAGUCAGGUCAAGAUAGCUGAUAGCUCAUACUGCAAGUUCUUACUGGCUCUACAAGAGGCAUUGGUCUUGAUUUUGAACAUUGCAUUUGAGGCCAAAACUUACGCCCAUGGGCAUUAGCGUCAGGUGUGCCACUGAGUUCAGUGGAUCAGGAUACUUGGCCCUUUAGGGUGUGUCUACACGGGAGUUGGAGCUGUGAUUGGAGAACAGAUUGGCGUACCCAUGCUAGCUUCAACCUCUCUCGCACAUGUAAAAACAGCAGUGCCAGUGGGGCGGCCUGGGCUAGCAAUGUGAGUAUGUGCCCAGGCUCACUGAUGUGUUCGUGCGGCCUGGGCUGAACUAGCUUGGGUAUCCCACCUGUGCUGGAGUCAGACCUCCAAUUGCAGUACAGACAUAACCUGAGUGAAAGAGGAGGGAAAAUAAUGGACAGUAGGUGCUGGCGAUGGGCCUCCUAGGGCUUUUAGAUGGUGCCUGCAAAUAAAUGUGCCAAUGCCACACACCAUUUGGAUAUCCAAAUGCCAUUCCUGUGACUCUCACACACGCCCUGUCCUAACAUGCUUCCUUGGAGAGACAUGUGGUGGCGACUAUCUCUGUGAUGUUCAAGGUGCUGUAGAAUCCCCUUGUUUGGCCUCUCUGCUCCCACAGAACAGAACUGCAGUGUCUUUAGGGCAUCUGGCUCCUCCCGCGGCUGAGCAGGAGACACAGGGCACCCGUUGAACCGAGUGGCAACACCACCAUGAGAGAUAGUAAUGCAUCCCUCUCGCGGGUCUGGUCAGUAUUAUGGAACCCGUGUAAGUAGGACCCGGAAUUGUUAGCUGAGAUGAAAUGGUUUGCGGUGUGAUUUCUGCCUUUUCAUAUUUUCUGAUCAAGCUUUGUCUCCCUGAUUGGCCCCAUACAGCAUAAAAAGAAAUACAUUUCUCCACCAAACACUUGAAACGCUGCUUUGUGCAUGCGAGGGUUGUGUUUUAGGGUAUGUGUCCACGCAGCAGCUGCAGUAGAAUGGGUGGCGGCUUGCUCUAGCCAGCCAAGUACUUACCCAAAGGGUCAGGUGAAAUUGUACUCGGGUAGGUUGCCGGAGCUGCUGCUCAUAUUGCUAUUUUUAGCAUGCUAGCUUCUGCAGAGCUAGCACCUGUCUGUCUACCCAUGCUGGGAAUUACACCUCCCAGCUGCAGUGUAGUCAUCCCCUUAGACUUACCAGAGCCUUUUACUCUGUCUGGCUGGAGGCAAGUCUAAUCAGAGUAGAUCAUUAAGGAAGAAAAGGCACUAAGAUUGCUGAAUGCACUUGGGGAGCAAAAGCAGUUCCAUUGCUUUUUGCUUCUCAAUCCAUAUUUCCCAUACCCUUCCUGCCAACUCCCAUUUCCACAGUGUUUGUCUGUUUGGCAUUUACAAGUUUGAGUUCGGGUUCACGUCAUAGGCAGGGCAUUAAUCUAGAUAUAACCAUGAAAGAUAGCAGCUCUGCUAGUUCCCAUGCUUAGGAAUCAUUGUGUAUUUUGGAGAUUGGGAGGGAGGGGCAUGUUUAUUGCAUUUAUUUUAUUUUUAAAUACAUGUUUGUGUAUUUAGCCUUUUCUUUUGUACUUUAUGACAGCCCUAACGAGUAACUCAGGGUUACAAUAGACUGAACUUGCCAUACCAGUGGCAGAAUGCUGGAAAGCUUUGCUAGGAAUGGUCAGCGCAAUACAGAGCUCUCUAGUUAGACUCUUUGUUGAGGUAGCUUUGAACACAUAGGGCCAGAAUCUGAUAUCUGUAUAGUAUGGUUGCCACUGGCUAUGCCCCCACUGCCAGCCUGACCCUCCUCCCCCCAGCAGCCUGCCCCCACACCCAUCCUGCCCUAGGAGCCGUGGCAUGUUACACACACUCAGAGCAAGACCAGGGCAUCGGCUGGACUUCAGCGUGUUGUCCCCCAGCUGCAACUCACAUGGCCAGCAGCAAAUAAAACCUGACAUGCCACAUCCGCUGACCAGGAACAAGCAAGGCAGCAGAAAAACUGGCCUGGCCAGGUGGCAACCCUACUGAGUAGCACCAUACUCCAACAGUAGACCCAUUGGCGUCAAAGGGCACUUGGACGAAGGUGCUAUUCAGUCUUAGUAAUGGUAUCAGAAUCUGGACCAUAAAGGAGGUGCUAUAUACGUCUUUAUUAAUAUGCCUGCUGUACGUUUUAAUUUAACCUGUCAAAAUAGAGCUUUGAGAAGUGAGUUCAAGUACUUCUCUCUUUUUUAACUUUGGGAAAAAUGAGUGUAAUGACUCUUCCUGUGCGAUAUUUGCUUGUUGAAUUAGCUGGAAGUGGGAAUGUUAUUGUCUCCGCAGUGUGAAGCUUUCCUGUUAGUAAAGCCACAACAGUGCAGCCAGGACAUAGUUCCGUAAAUUGCCACAAGCCUUUUAACCCUUUAUUUCUACAGAAACCAGGGGCUAGAUUCUGUCACCCUUACUCCAUGAUCACUCCCACUGAAAUCAAAGGGACUAGUCGUGAAAUAAGGUAUUACUCAUAGCCAAUGACCUGAGCCAUGUGAAAUGAUGGAGGAGUUGGGAAACUUGUAAAAAUGCCUUGAGAGUCUUUGUCUGUGCUAUUGACUGACUCCUGUCCUAAUGUAAACACUGGCAUGGGCUCUGUGCAUUUUAAACGAAGUUAAGAAAAGUAGCACCGUUUAAAAGUGUUUAGUAUGGUUCGCAUCAAUAUGACGGCCCUCAUUUACGCCUAAGCAAACCCACUGGCUUGAGUGGGGUAACUUGGGCAUAACUGAGUACAAAAUUUGGUCCUCUAAUUUAUUUUAAAGUUUAAUACAGCUACACAAACCCUGAGCAGGAGAGAGAUUUCAGAGCCACUGUUUUUGUUGUGCAAAGUAGGCUUUGCUGAGGUUACUGCUUGACCACAUUGUCAGUUCUUGCAAAACAACUCGCAGUAAAAAGCAUGACACUAACAAGUGUAGUAAAUGUAAGUCAAACCGUCUGUUUAAAAAGCCAAGAAACAAACCUGGACGUGUGUUAUGAUCACCCAUUAAAAUAGACACAGGUGAGUUCAUCUGAAAGUGGUCCUUCAAAUACAUGCAUAUGAGUCUAUUUGAAUGACUGGACAUUCAGAUAUGUGUGCCUAUGGAUACUAGAACUGAAUGCUUAUGCCUUGUUUUAAUAAUCACUGGUGUCUAUCUCUGGGGUUAUUUCAUGUUUGCACAAAACACCUGUUUCACUAUGUGAUACUCCAUGCUUGAGAUGGGUGAACUCUGGAGUUUUGUGAACCUUACAGUCUAUUAUUUGUGUCUGAAAAGGCUUGCACAACUAGUUCAAGUAUAUGAAUCUUACCUGGGUUACACAAACUUCCACGUAGCUAUGCUUUUACAUACAGGCAGUUAGCAUAAAAAGCCUACAGGUUAACUGUAAUUACAUUGCAAUGUGCAUAAAAACCCCUCUUCAGUUAUUUUAUGUAAUAAUUCUACAAUAAUAGUGUACAAGCAAUGUAACCUUGGACAAAAUAACAGUGCAGGACAGCUGUACUUGUCACACAGGUCUGUUUCUUGAAGGACACCAACAUUGUGGAACUAUUUCAUAUUAAUAUGCAUUUCUCAGAAGCUACAGAGCAUUGAUAUUUAAUCUAUCGUGUACUUACAGCUUUGUUUUGGCAUAUGAGGUGUUUUACAGGUUACAUUAAUACACACACUUUGCUCAAGUAUUUGAUUAGAAGGAAAAUCACAUUUUAUUACGCUGCUGGUAUAGCUGAUGUGCAGCACAAAACAGCAUUGCCUAGUAGGAGGUGGCUUUGUGCUUUCACACUGCCUGGAUUCUGGGCUGGACAAGGGGCCAGAAUGGCCCUAAUGUAAAUUAAAAUCCCCAUAGCACCAUGUACUAUCCCUAUUCUAUUCAGAUUCCUAUAUGUCCCUCAUUGCCAUAGUAUCUGAGUAUGUUCCAAACGUGCAUUAAAUUACAUGACUAGCAUCUGUUAUGUAUGGUUCUUCCUUUCUCUCUUCCCCUCCCCAAGGACAAUUUGUAGAAGUUUGUGAUGGGGUCCUGACCCCUGCCAUCCUUGAUCCACCCCCUCCUUUCCUGAUCCUGAUAUGUCCCCUACACCAGUGGUUGUGAGAAGGCAGCUCACUUUCCCUGUACCAGGAAAAUCCUUCCUCUGUCUAUGGUGGCACAUUCAUGGCACCUGCACACUGGAGCGGGGGACAGAGUCUUUCCCCCUGAGUGUGCCUAUUUCUACUCCUAACAGACACACCUGUGGUCCCUGGAGCACGGGCCCUAGCAUUCUGGUAAUUGCAGGCUUAGAUUUCGUAGUAUGCGAUCACUGAAAGGAACACCAGUGUGUCUAUUUGAAUGACCACACAAGCCUAGAGAUGCAUCUCAUUGACUUAUCUCAUACCUGAAAUCAUUUAACACAUGUCAUUGCAGGAGAUCUUUCCCACCCUGCCAUGCAGGUGAGCAUAGGUGAAAUUCACCUUUGCACAAGGUCUAUGCACCAUUCAAGUCUAACAAAAGUCCUCAAAAUAGGAUUCAAAUGGGACCUAGUGUCACUUGGCACAGGGGGUUCAUUUCAUCCUAUAAAUAGUGCCAGAUAUCAGGAAAUAGUAUCUUGUCCCAUAACUCCUUGCGUUCCUCAGGGGGUUAAGGGAGCUGUGAAAUCAUGCUAAUUUAACACAGAUAUAUGGUAUAAUCUGUCCUAAGUUAAAUUAAACCAUUUGUUACCUUUGUGCUCAUCUGGACCAGGUUUAAGAUGUACAGUACAUCGUUAAACAUGACUGGAAACAGAUACGCGUUUUGCUACACGAGAUGCUACUUCUGUUGUCACAUAAAAAGGCCAUUCUGUUCUGACUCAGGCCAUUCUGUUCUAACUCACCCAGGGACAAUGAAUUUUCUUUUUGCGCUUUCAUGUAUGUACUGGAAUCUAUUCUCCUCCCAUUAAGGGGGAAUAGUACAUAGAGAAAAGAUCCCAAAACAUAGAUUUAUUCAUGGAGAGUAAACUCAAACUGUAACUUAGAACUAUUUUUUAAAGUUCUGAUUCUGAACCCUUUUGAUUAAAAACCUUUGGUUGAAAUACACCCAUCAGAGUAGGAGCCAGGGAAGCCCCCCAAAACAAUUAAACCACUGGGAUUCUGCUACCAUGCAGGCAGGAAGCAAAGUAGACACAUGAGGCUACUACAUAGCUCCUUCUUGUUCUAGGAAUCCCAAGUGUUUUAUGAAACAGUGUGUUACCAUAGACACUGCGUGCCGGCUUUUCCAAACUGUUCCAGCAGUUUUAUGGUGGUGUAUCUCCACCGUAGCUGAUAGAGUUACCCCAGUGGAAAAUCAGUCUGUGAUAGUAAAGUGACUGCAGAGGUCAAUAUGGCAGCCAUUAUCAACUCAGCAACAGAGCCUUAGUUCUAGUGUAUCAUAUGUGUCUGUGUAUAAGUAGUAGCUUUUCUUUUGAUUGUACAGGACAAGAGUGUCAGAACACAGCCGGCCAUUCUGAUGCGAACUGCAGCUUUCUCUACCCUAUUUUUCUUAACGCCUCUCAGCUGUGCAGUAUCCCCAGCACAUCUCUGCCCAUGAUAGAAACGAUAAGAGUGCUAGCAUAGACGAGCCGCCAUGCCAGUACUUUCAUCACCCUGUCAUCUCGAUGGGAUCAGAACGGGGUUACGUGAAGCAUUGCUAAGGCACUACAAUAGUGCCCCCACCAUUCCUGGCACCAGCCCAGCUGCACCAGUUGGGGUCCAACCCUGGGAGAUUGAAAGAAAAUUGCCAGAGUAAAUACAGGUAGCUAGUUAUGCGUUUGUGGCUUGCAGUCUCAGGAAGGAAACAGCGAGUUUGUUAUUCUUGAUAAUAAGCAUUCAUGUUAGGGAAAUGGUCAAACCGACAGUGACAUGUGGAGUCCUAGUUCCUCCUGAUGAAGAAACGUCCGUUUAGUACAAAAUUGGCUUGUAACAUGGAAGUAACAUUUUUCAUACAAUACAGUUUCCCUAUUGGUGUGAGAAAUUUCUUUCCCAUCUUCUGUUUUCUCACUGAAUCUAUUAAUAUUAGGGGGUAAUAGAUACAAAAUUCUAUUAGUUUGAUUGUGCAAAUGAUUUAUUUGCUGCUAAAUGAGUUCUCUUUGUAUCGAUAAUGGACCUACAGUUGAAAAGGGAUUAGGAGGUUAGUUCAUUACAGAGCAAAGUGAAGUAUUUUUAACAGUCAUCUGUUUUGCAGUUUAAUUUGGAUCUUCAGUAAUGAAUGGACACUACAUCCAUUAUGGUUGGGACUUUCAGUAGCCUAAGGGAGUUAGGUGCUCAGUCUCAAUGAAAUUCAAUGGGAUUUGGGUGCCUAAAGCUGGUACGCCCCUUUGAAAAUCCCACUUUAUAUCCAUUGCAUUAAUGGGUUAUGUGUUUUUUUCCCAUUGUUAUUUUCUACUGUCUGUAAAUCUCAUGUAAGUAACUGAGUUGCCAACUGAGGUGAAAAAUUAACAAAACACAAGUUUUUAUUUGGCAUAAAAAACCUGAUUAUUUGAUGCUGAAAGAAAAUAGACCUUUUAAUUCAGUUUCAGAGAUAUUAUCCUUGCUAUUUUUUAAUAGUCUACUUGUUAUAAAAAGACAGUCUGACACUUCCUACGCCUGGAAUUUGACCUGCUUUACAAUAGCUAUAAUCUUGUGGAAAAUGUCCUGCACAUCCUCAGGGCAGUCGUCUCAGCUUGCGUAAAUUGGUGUGUAGCUCCGUUGACUUUCAUGGAGUUAGGCCAGCUUAACCCAGCAGAGAAUCCAACCCAGAGUAUUUAUUGGAUUUGGGUAUUUUUAUUGAAAUCCACCUCUCCUUCAUCAAGAAAUUUAAAACACCUCAGGCAAUAACCAUGGCUUUUAUAGGGCCUAGAUUUUUUUAAAAAGUUUUGUGCUCUGCUUAUGCAGCUACAUCAGAAAGAAUGCAAAAAAAACCCCACAUCUAAAACCCUAAUGAAUUCUAGAGAUGAGUUUAUACCCUCUGUGAUGUAAGUGCUCAAAAAAGUGAUAUUUAGUGCUAUUUUAACUAAUAGAAAUUUUUCACAGGAGACUAGAAGAUUUGAAGGGUGCAGGUCAUCAGAAAGGGAGCCUUUCCCUUGUAGGUCAUUGGUUUAAAUCAGGUCCAUGUUGACAGUGACUACAGUUCAUUCUGUCUCAUAGUUAUUUGGCUAGUUACCAUAUAUGAGACGACUUGGUGGUCUCGAUGUAAUGCCUAAUGGAGAUGAUUGAUUAAUGUGUCUGUAUCACUAAAAACGUCACUGUUGUUUACAGCAGCCGGAAUACUUGGUGGUAGUUUCAGUAAAGGCUAAAUGAGAUGAGGAAUUUUAGAGGGCAGCAUGAGGAACUUGCACUGUGACAGCUGCAACUUCAUAGAAUCAUAGAAGUCUAGGACUGGGAGGGACCUUGAGAGGUCAUCUAGUCCAGUCCCCUGCAUUCAAGGCAGGACUAUGUAAUAAAUAGCCCAUUCCUGACAGAUGUUUGACUAACCGGUUCUUAAAAACUUCCAGUGAUUGAGAUUCCACAACCUCCUUUCAUGUAUGUUAGCAGGAAUAGAGCUCAGGAGCUUUGAUUCUAAAUGGUAUGCUUGUGGUAGAAGCACUCUUACCUUCUGUGGGCCAACAUGUAGGGCAUGUCUACACUUACCUCUGGAGCAAUCGAUCCAGCAGGGGUCGAUUUAUCGCGUCUAGCGAAGACGCAAUAAAUCAACCGCCAAGUGCUCUCCCAUCGACUCCGG